AUGGGCGGCGUGGGUCUGGCCACUUGGGCCACACUCCACCUGAUCUUCCCCGAUCGAUUGCUCGAUGUCCUUUUGACCGGGCCCUCGCAUCAGGAGCUUCCCCUGUCACUGCGCAUGGCUACCCUCUUUGCGGCGGCCACCUGCACCCCGGCCGCCGGGUUCCAGACGACCCCGAUUUAUGGCGCAGCGCGGCCGCUGGCCGCUCGGGACUUCUACUCCUUCCUGCUGGGGCUCCUGUCAACCGACUGCCCGCGCGACGAUGCCUUUCCCUUUUCCACCCUGCCGCCGGUGAUCACCAUCCUCUCGUGGUUCAUCACGGUGGCCCUGUGUGUGUUUGUGGUGGCAGCAGCCCGACUGUACCAGCGCUGGCGCCUCCGUCUGUCGGUCAAGUCCUCCUCUCGGGACUGGUCCACCUUGCCGGAUGUCGUGUGCCAGAUCGCCACCAAUACCGCCCUGCGGUCGGUCUUCUAUCUCGGGGCUCUGCUCUUCGUUCAGAUCAUCUUUUCCGGCCCCCUCUACUUCUCCCUGCCCUACAUUCUUAUGAUCUACGGGUUCAGCUUCACGGUCAUCCGCACGGUGGCCUACAUCGUCGAGAGCAACCCCUACUCGAACAUCGAGUGGGUUGGGUCCGUCUUCGUGGAGCAUGCCAUCUUCUGUAACCGAGCCCUGCUCAUGAUGGUCGGCUUCUGGGGGGUGGCCACGUCGCGCGGCUUCAUCGGCCUGGCUCCAUACCUCUCCUCGGAGCUGCACGCCGUCAUCCUCGGCAAGUCGGCCAUCGUCUGGAUGUGCUUGUCACUCGUGCUGUCACCGCUGCUGGCCAUCGCGCCGAACAUCCUACGCCUGAUCCUGGUUGGCGAAGUUUAA